UUACCUACUUUUGCGUGUCAUAUCAGUGCCAUGCUGGCAAAUAGGAAGUGGAGCCGGAGGUUGAACUUAAGGCGAAGUAUUUUCUGUUCGUCACAUUUCGACAUAAUAGGUAUUCCAAGAUAAGCUCAAAAUGCAUGACGGAGGGGGAGCGACGAACCCUGUCAAGAUCUUUGCCAACAUUUUUAUUUCUUUCGUCGGAGCCGGUGGAUUGGGUCUUCCGUUCGCGUUCAAAACGGCUGGAAUUUUGGAAGGGGUCUUAAUUCUUGGAUUUGUGUCUGUUGUAAGUGUCAAGGCCAUGCUCAUGCUUAUCGACUGCAAGUACAAGUUGGAAGAGAGGCUAGAUGUCCGCAGGAAAUUCAAAAUUGUCAGCAAGGUGAAAGGGGAGGACGUGGAGGAGGAGUUACUGAAAGGGGUAGAGUCAUCGGAGGCGUCGGCGCAGAAUGGAGAGGCAAGCGGCCAGCGGAGGAAGGGUUCAGACGAAUCUGCUAGUUCAAAGAAUGAGAUAGAUUACAGUGAUGUUGGUUUUUAUGCACUUGGAAGUAAAGGCAAAGUUAUCGUUGACAUCUCUAUUGUGGUGUCUCAAGUUGGUUUUUCCUGUGCCUACCUGAUCUUUAUCUCCAGCAACUUGGUCACGUUUGUCCCGGGCCUCAGCAAAAAUGGCUGGAUCGGCUUGAUGAUGGCCCCUCUGACCCUGCUGUGCUUGUUAAGACACCUCAACAGAUUAGCAAUCUUCAGCUUGUUUGCAGACUUUGCCAACAUGUUUGCGUAUUCCGUUGUCUUCUGGUUUGACUUUGAGCAUGUGCAGAACGUCCGUAUACACCCAAAGCAGAUGUCUCUCGUUGGGUUUCCAUUUUUUCUUGGAAUCGCAUUCUACUGCUACGAGGGGGCUGGCAUGAUCUUGGCAUUAGAGUCCUCGGUUUUAGCAUCAAAGAGGCCUAAGUUCAGAAAAAUCUUUAUAUUUGCCCUGGUUGUCGUUACUACGCUGUAUAUAAGUUUUGGUGUGUGUGGAUACCUGUCUUUUGGACCUGAAACAGAAAGCAUCAUCACGUUAAACCUUCCCGAAGGAAUUAUUCCAGAGCUUGUCAAAAGCUGUCUGUGUUUCUCACUGUUCUUCACGUAUCCCGUCAUGAUGUUUCCCGUCGUGGUCAUCAUGGAAAAUAGAUUACUUCAGGGCACGUACAAAUCCACAUCCACUGGGAACGUUCUCCGCUCAGGGAUGGUGUUGUUGACGGGCAUUGUGGUGAUCCUGAUACCCAACAUUGCAACGCUGAUGGCGCUAGUGGGAGCCACCUGCUGCACUCUGCUGGCGUUCAUCCUACCAGGGAUAUUCCACAUGAGGAUAUUUCAAGAGUCGUUGACGAGAGGACAGUGGGUGUUUGAUGUCUUUCUCAUAGUCAUGGGAAUCAUUGCGGCAUGUUUUGGCACUUGGGAUGCUCUGAAGCGGCUGUUUCCAGGUUUGGUGCCAGAAAGCCUCAUUUUCCUCACUACCUCAGAAUCCCCAGCAACUACAGAUGAUCUGCAAGCCCUCAAUGCCCUGAUGAAUGGAACAGGAGAGACAUAGCACAGGCAGGCAACACGAUGCUGUGGAAAUAGAAAUCGGUAAACAAGCUACAUGCGCUCACACAAUCAGAAAUAUUCCAGGCUGCAAGAGAGUUCAACACUGCCCAGGCGCUUUGUAGAGUAUAGGACUUAUUGUCUGCUUUUUUAACCACUUCCUGCCGGGGCAGUUAUCAAUGUUGACGAUGCUGGGCCGGGAUAUUUAUCA